GAACGAACAUCAUCGAGUCCUCUACAGUGAUUUGCCAUCAUGGAAUCCUCUACAGCCCUCAUUGUUUGCCAUCAUCGAGUCCUCUGCACGCUGAGGAUCUCAAACUGAAGUUGCAAAAUCAAGUUAGACAAGGAAGCUGUUGUUCAAAUUUUCAACCAGAUCGAGUAGGAUCCUUCAAUCAUACCUUCAAUGGCUGCUUCUUCUUCUUCGGCUUCAUCCAUUCCCAAGACCAACUUCAAGUAUGAUGUGUUUUUGAGUUUUAGAGGUGAAGAUACUCGUAAGAGCUUCGUCGAUCAUCUUUAUGAGGCUCUUAAGAAAGAAAGCAUUGAAACUUACAAGGAUGACAAGAACCUUGAGAAAGGGAAAAAGAUCUGUAAGGAGCUCAUUCAAGCCAUUGAAGAAUCAAGAUUCCAUGUCAUUGUUUUCUCCAAGAACUACGCAUCUUCGUCUUGGUGCUUGGACGAACUUGUCAUGAUUAUGGAGUGCCAAAAGAAACAGACUGCGCAGACCCUUUACCCCAUCUUCUAUGAUGUGGAACCCACUGAAGUCCGUAAACAAAGUGGGGCAUUUGGAGAAGCCUUUGCUAAAUGUAAAAAAGAAGAGUAUGAAGGGAAAUGGAGAAAGGCUCUAGAAGAUGCAGCAUCAUUCAGUGGGAGGGACUUGAGGACCACCGCAGAUGGGCAUGAAGUUGAAUUUAUCAAACUAGUUGUUAAGGAUAUAUCAUCGAAGUUACCCGCCAUCAACGCUGUUGGCAAUUUAAUAGGCAUGAGGACUCGGAUAAAUGGUGUGGUUUCAUCUUUGAACGCAUUUCCUAAUGAGUUAAGCAUGAUAGGAAUCGCAGGGAUGGGAGGUUGUGGGAAGACAACUUUGGCCAGAGCUGUUUUUGAUCAAAUAUGCAAUGAGUUUGAAGGUACCAGCUUUGUGGAGAAUGUUCGGGAGUGUUCAAAUUCUCUUCAAUUAGGUUUGAAAUCGUUGCAAGAACAAGUCCUUAGAGAUGUGUUGAAAAAGCAAGACAUAUUUGUAAAUGGUGUUCUUGAAGGGAAAAAAGAGAUAAAAAAGAAGAUGUGUGGUAUAAAGGUUCUUGUUGUUCUAGAUGACGUAGAUCAUAUAGAUCAGCUAAAGGCGUUAGCCGGUGAACUUAAUUGGUUUAUGCCGGGAAGUAAAAUUAUCAUUACAACAAGAGACAAGCAAGUAUUGGUAGCACACAAAGUAGUGAACUCAAAUAUUCACGAUGUCAAUCUAUUAACAGAUGACGAAGCAAUUUGCCUCUUGAGUAGGUGUGCAUUUGGGAAAGAGAGUCCAAAUCCAGGAUACGAAGAGCUAUCAAGAGACAUUGUAAGCUAUGUUGCUGGUCUCCCCUUAACAAUCAUAGUUUUGGGUUCGUUUCUCUGUAAUGCAAAGGAGCAUGUAUGGGUAGAUACCCUCGCAAGACUUGAAAAAAUUCCAUUGGAUGAAACUCUACAAAAGCUGGAGUUAAGCUAUAUGGGUCUAGAUACUGAUUGCAAGGAAAUAUUCCUAGAUGUUGCAUGCAUAUUGAAAGGUUGGGUGAAAGAAGAAGCAAUCAUAGCGCUUGAAAGCCGUGGAUUUCAUGCUAUACAUGGUUUGACUGUUCUUCAGAACAAAUCUUUCUUAACUAUUUCUGAAUAUAGGCGCUUCAAGAUGCAUGACCAUAUAGAAGAAAUGGGGAGAUACAUUGUUCGUCGUUCAAACCUUAAUGAGCCUAGAAGACACUCCCGAUUAUGGAUUACGGAGGAAAUUGAARAUAUAUUGGUUAACGAUUUGGUAAGAAUCAAAUUUAUUUGUAAAGUUGAAAAAACCCAWCAAAUUUWCAAUMGUCAUGACCYAAGUAAGUUUCAUUAG